UGGACGUUCGUGUCUCCGCGGUGUGAGACGCGGACUUGGACAACGACAGAGACCCGCGCGCGCGCAUGUGUGUGUCCUCCGUCUCCUCUCGUCGUCCCUCCUGUUGCAGUGGAGUUGCUGUGCACAGUGUGGUGGACACUUGGUUGUUUCCCUUGUGAUGAUCAUGUUCUGCGUCUUCAAACUGGAUCUGGAUCAGACGCAAGUUUUCCAGAAGUGAGAGAGAGAGAGAGAGAGAGAGAGAGAGAGAGCGAGAGACUGCUGCAGUGAAUUCUCCUCCACAAACCUCUCUUUCUGUGUGUGUGUGUGUGUGUGUGUGAGGAUGCUGCUGCUGCGCUGAGGAAUGCAGCUCACACGCUCCAUGUCUGUCUGUAACCUCCACACAGCAGACACUAUGUCAGUGGAGAUGGUCCGGCACGGCACGGCACGCCAGUCAACGGCUGUCCGACGCUAAAGUCCUCAGACAGGUUGUGACCUGGGGCCGUUACUCUGAUCCGACCCUCGCCAUGAAAACCCGAGGCGACAAACCCGAGUCGCCGCCCGGCCGCCGGAGGUCUCGCUUCACAUUGCGGGGCAGAAAGAAGAAGGACGGCGUGAUCCGGGGCAGACUUCGCAUCCGCUCCAUGCCCGGAGCCUUCCUAGUGCUGGGGAUCAUUGUCGUGGUGGUGGGCACCGCUCUGGCUGUGGCGGGUUACUGGCCUUACCGGAUAUCCAGGUCGUCCAUUCUGGCAGCUGCGGACGGGGAGAGCGUCUCUGAGUCGCAGGCGUCCAGUUGGAGUGUGGGCGCUAAAGGCCUCUUGUCCACAGCCAGCCUCGUCCACAGUGACCGGAUGAAGCUGCUGGGGCCUGUCAUCAUGGGCGUGGGACUCUUCAUCCUCAUAUGUGCCAACACAGUCCUGUAUGAGAACAGGGACAGAGAGACUCAGAUGCUUCUGGCCCAGAUGCGCAGCGUCAUCUGCUCGGUGUCGGCGGUGGUUCCCUCGGCGGACCUUAAAGAAAUCGCUGUCGCCAACUCAAUGGCCAAACACUACCAGUGGGUGAGCAGUUUACCAGCCGCUCAUCUUAACAUCCUCUGUCUGCAGACGCACUCUGAGCCCCUGCUCCAGACCCGGCACACCACAGAGCACAAGGACAGCAUGGAGGGCGUCUACCAGCAAGCUGUUCUCCAGACGGAAGCCCUCCACCACCAGAAGUCAGAGUCUCCACCUUCCCUGCAGUCCUCCCACUCCAAUUCAUGCAACUCCAGUAUGACUGACUUGAACACACAGUCUGACGCCGAGCACAUAGACGGCGCCCGCUUCAGUCGGCAGGGCGCCACACUCGUCAAACUCAGCAACUGCCUGAUGUCCGCCAGCUCCAUGUCCACGCUGGGCGUGGACGAGGUGGACACCCCGGCCGCUCAGCCGCGGCGCUGCCACAGUAUGAGCUACAGGACUAAACCUCACGACGUAGCCCGAACUGGCGCGCGUCUAGACGGAGGACUCCGCGCGCCCGGGGCCGAGGAUCACAUACAGCAGCCUGUGGGCGCGAGGAGAGAUGCCGGCUCGCAGGUUUGUGUGAACAUUCUGGGGCAGAUGGUGAACGCCGUGGAGGAGCAGACUCACCAGAGCUGGCCUCGGUUAGACCUGGCCGGCGGCAGACGGUACCUGAAGCUGGAGAACAAAGAGGACUCGGUGGACAAACUGCUUGAUCAGUUAGAGCAGCAGUGCUCUCAGUGGGAUAAGAGUUUUGGCUCGGGGCCAUUUCAGUGAUGGCUGUUUUAGCUUCACGGUAAUUACAUUUUCCCCUGGAUUCAGAAAGUUUGUUUUUUUAAACUUUGAGCGAGGCUUAGAGAAACUGAGCCCCAGAUGAUUUGGAAUACAGUUUUUUCCUUCUUUUCUUUUCUUUUCUUUUCACAAGGUUCUUCCAAAAACCUCAGCCUGUUCCCAAUCUCCAGUGGAGUAUUGAUACACAAAGUAUUUUGCUUGGCUGGAUGUGACAGAUGUUUAUAUCGAAGAGCGAAGGACGUGAACCGCGGCGGCACACCAGGGUUUUUCGUCAGUCUUGGUUGCCAGCGAUGUGAGAAAUUAACUUGCAUCUUUUGCCCGUUUCCAGGACACAGUGAGCACGACCAAGAGAAGAGUGCUACAGGAGUGACGAUGGUUUUCACUGUGCAAUCAUUUUUGAACCAAACUACCUGGACCUCUGUGCCCAUAAAGUGCUGACAGCUCUUUGCAAAUGCUCCGAGCAUUUGGAAAAGGGACCUUCUCCCCCCACCCAACCCCAGCUGAGGUUUCAUACUCGAAAUGCAAUGCAUGGCAGCGAUGUACAGUAUGUUACAUCUUAAUAAUUAUGCAGAUUAAUGUCACUGUUGGUUUUAUGUGUAUAAAAUGUAACGAUACUUAAAAAGGUCAUUCUGGUUUGUUA